AAGGAGUUUGUUUAAUGAAUGGAAAAAUAGAAAAAAAGACUUCCCACAUUUCUAAACCACAUCUUCACCUCACAGCCUUGAAUCUCUCUAAUGUCAUUUUCAUUUGCCUCGUGAAGAAAAAAAAUGUUCUUUCCUACCGUUCAUUCAAUUUUGACUUCUUCUCCAUCUCUGAUUUCUUUGUUCACCCAUAGAAGUUAAGGACCCGACUGAUCCUCUUCAGUUCAACCUCACACUGCCACCGCCUCCAUUUAAUAAUUACGAUGGCGGAGCAUGUGGCAGUCACACCAUCACCAUGUAUCAAGCUACAAAUUUGGAGAGCUCCAUUCAAAGUGAAAAGCCUCGCUCUAGGCAAUCUCAGUUUUAAAAGAGAACCGAGAAAAUCCUCCUCUGAGAGCUAUAAGUUCAUAAGGAUCUCAACUUGGAGAAGGCAUGAGCUUAUUGGUUCUUGUGGCUCAAACUUCAUUGUAAAUCCUGCUCCCAGGAAGACCUUCAGAGAGCAUGCUUACCUAAGGUCUUUGGUAAAUGUCGAUGGAACAACAGCCUCUGAGGCAAUUUUUGUUGAUCAAUUUCUUUUGAUGACCAGUAUAUUUCUAACAUAUAUGGCUGGAGUAAUACCGGUACCAAAGUCUAAUCAACAUGGAAAUAUCAACUCUCAGACCAAUUCAGUCUUAGAUAACCAAACCUUUUCUGGUAGUGGCAUGAAGACUGAUGGUCAAAUUAAUCCGAAGCAUGCAUUAGUUGUAGUUAAAGGAAAAAUUUUGGACUUUCUAGAUGCUUUUGAACGUAGGAAAAGUAUGGAAACCGAGGUACUCGAAUUUACAGAAUGUCAGGCCAAGCGACCACUAUGCUUGAAUGCAAUUGGUGAGGGUCCGAGGUUAAGAUUGCUUUGGGCUUCUUUUCAACUAAUCGAGGAAGAGGUCAACAAUAUUUCCGUUGCUACUAUUCAGAACAUGGAUGAUUUGUCUAAAAUAUUUUCUGAAUUUAUUCUAAAAUCCUCUCGACCUGUAUGCAUGUCUUGGCUGAGAAACGAACUGUCGAUGGAAAAUAAUGAUUCUAGUAAGGCAUUUCUUUCUUUGAUGUCUGAAAAAUUUAAGGCAGAAGACAAUAUCUUACCAGGAAUUAAGAAGUCUGGCAAGGAAGAGCUGUUUGCAGAACUGAUGCACUUUCUUAGUUUUGGUGCUCGCAGGGAUUAUUGCUAUUAUGACCAUAGCCUGUAUGUCAAGCAUGCGAUUUCAAUAUUAGAAGAUUUGCUGAUAACCUUCGCCGAUGGGAUUGCAAGUAUGUAUCUAGAAUUUAUUUCUGUUGACAGCAGUUUCUUUGAUGAAGUGGAUAAUAUUGGCUUGGCAUUGUGUACUCUAUCAACACGAGCACUCCAAAGACUGCGUAACGAGGUGGCUAUGAACCAAUGGUUAUAUCAAAACAUUGAGGCCAUUGUAUCGAUGUAUGAAGACCGGUUUGAUUUAUGUACACUUGGUAGUCAACCGAUUGACCUACCAGGCAGUGGACAGGCCAAUAUUGAUAACUGGUGGAUGAAAUAUAUCUUCAGAAGAAGAGAAACUUUGUCUUCUCAGUUAUAUUAUGUUGUGAUACGGUCCUUUGCCAUGCCUGUAAAACGCACCAAGGAGUUAAGAGCUUUAAGGGGAUGGAGGUAUUACUUCAGCCUGUUGAUUGAAUUAUCCGACAUUACGAUGCCAUUGAUAAGAGUAGUAAUUGAUAAAAUCAGUAGCGGAAUAUCAUUCUUUCUCGUCUGUCUGAUUGGAAGAUCUUUAGGGCUCAUCUAUACAGGAAUCAGGCAGUCACUGAGGUGGAAAUGAAGAUUUGGUAGUUAUGAUUUCUAUUUGGUUGUUUCUCCAUUAUUUCAGUUUCCUGAUUUUUUUUGUAGUUUGUAUCAACUUGAAAAUUUGGUUUAGUUUUUAUCAAUUGCAAUUUGAGAUAACAUAGAAUGCAGUACAUUUUUGCUUUUUUAUCACGAAUUUUAAUGAAAAUUCAUAUUGCAGAUUGAACUCA